AUGGCCUCACGGUGCGCGUUACUAAGCACCAGAUCGCUCCUCCAACCUUUACGUCGCGCCCACCGUCCGUUUCAUACGUCAUUACGGUUGUCGAAAGUUCAGUCAUCCAAUAGUUCGGUGACGCACGGCCAGGAGAGACCAGGGAUUCAUCCAGACGAACUGGAGCAGCUUUUUGCAGAACCUACCUGGUCCGUCGAAUCUCUGCUACCACCGAAGACACGCGCCCCAGACGCACCUCAGAUCUCCUCGAAGCAACUUCACCAUCUGCUCCGGCUCUCGGCGUUACCGCUCCCCGAAACGCCUGAGCAGGAACAAAAGAUGCUAGACACGCUGGCAGCACAGCUGCACUUUGUGGGCGAGAUCCAGCGAGUCGAUACAACGGGCGUUGAGCCUUUACGAGCGAUACGUGACGAGACGAGGGCAGCCGAGCAAGAGCAGACGAUUGGAUUGGAUACACUCAAGGAGGCGUUGGCAAAAGAGAAGAUUAUUGGCAAGUGGCACAGGCGCGUUCAGAGAGACACUACGUCGGUCGAUGCCAAAGAUGUCGAGGACUGGGAUGUUUUGGGAUCGGCUGAGAAGAGAGCUGGCAGAUACUUCGUCGUGGAUAGUGAACGACCAUCGGAGUGA